AUGAGGAGACGACGCACCCACGCUCACCUCGCCGGCACCGCCGUGCUCUUCCUAUUGGCAACCGUCAUUCCAUCGACGACGGCUCCUGUGGUGCACUCGGAGGGCGGUGCCCUUCUGGCAUGGAAGGCCAGCCUGGGCGACCCCACUUACCAUCCAGCCAGCAUCGCCCAGCUGCGCUCUCUCCAGACAGUCGACCUCAGCAGCAACACGUUCGAUAGCUCCAUCCCACCACAGCUUGGUGACAUUCACAACCUAUCCGCCCUCCAAUUAUACAAUAACACCCUCGUCGGCAACAUCCCCCACCAGCUCUGCAGGCUCCUCCACAUGCAGGUACUGGACCUCUCCAUCAACCGGUUUACAUGGGAGCUCCCAGAAUGCUGGUGCAACUUCGAGUCACUACUGUACAUGGACCUAUCAAACAACCGUCUCACCGGGAAACUCCCGAGCUGCUGGUGGAAUCUGGGGUAUAUUGAAUUCCUGGACCUAUCCAACAACUCCUUCUAUGGUAAAAUCCCCACGGCUGUGAGAAACCAUAGAUGCUAUCUUAGGUCGCUUUAUCUUGCUAGAAAUGACUUUGUCGGUGCCUUUCCGUCGGCCCUAAGGAGCUGCAACUUGUUGGAGAUCCUGGACAUUGGGAACAACGGGUUCUAUGGCGUUGUACCUCCAUGGAUCAAGACUCGGGUUCCAUUAUUGAGAAUCCUUAGACUCAGAUCAAACAACUUCACUGAAGAAAUUCCUGUGGGGUUAUCACGACUUUCACAACUUCAGCUGCUUGACAUGGCCAACAAUAGCUUGACCGGCUCAAUUCCGACAGCCUUCGGUAGCUUCACGUCCAUGAAGCAUCCACAAAAUAUGUCUGGUAGGGAACCGCUUGACAAAUACUAUGACAGAAUUAACAUAAUCUGGAAGGGGCAUGAGCAAAUUUUCCAAAGAGGAGUCCGAUUAUUAGCCGGUAUUGAUUUGUCGGGUAAUUUAUUAUGUCGGUGCAUCCCUCAAGAGAUAACUGACCUUCAAGGCCUCCGGUUCCUGAACCUGUCAAGAAACUAUCUGACAUGCAACAUUCCUGAGGAUAUUGGUAGUUUGACUUUUCUCGAGUCCCUCGAUGUAUCAUCUAAUGAACUUACAGGAGCCAUUCCUCCCAGUGUCUUGUGA